GCUUCAGGCAUUGGCCGACAAGAAAAUCUACCAAACCAAUUAAAUUGAAGCUUCCAACUUUAUUAUCCAUUCACGCAGCUUUGAGAUUAUUCCCAUCGAGGAAAGAAAAUAAGCUCUAUCAUUAUUCCACACUACACUUCUUCUGCGCUCUCGUUCCCAAAAAAACUUUCUUGAUUUCUUCUGCUGAUCUCCCCUGUUAAGCAUACCAGCAACCAUGGCUGCUGAGGUUGUGGGUGGAGCAUUUCUCUCUGCUGCUCUUCAAGUUGUUUUUGAUAGGCUGGGUCCUGCUUCUACCAUAUCCAAGUACGUCCGAUCUAGAAAGCUCGAGGAUCGAUUGCUCAAAAACCUCAAAAACACCCUCAUCUCUGUGAAUCAAGUGCUCGAUGAGCAGAAGCAAGGCAGUACACAAACUCCUAUGUCGAGAAAUGGGUUCAGGAGCUCAAACAUGUUGUUUAUGUGGCUGAUGACCUCUUAGAUGAGAUUGCUACUGAGGCGACCAGGUUAAAGAUCGAAGCUGAGAAUCAACCUGCUUCCAGUAAGGUACUAAGCUGCUUAACUGCUUUUGAUAAUCCAUUUGACAAACACAUGGAAGCUAGAAUCCAGGAAGUGCUUGACGACCUGAAGUCCCUUGUAGAACAAAAGGAUAUUCUGGGAUUGAAGGAAGGCUCUAGCGGUGGUAGUGAAGUUGGAGUUGGUGGGAAAGGAUACUCUAGAUUGCCAACUACAUCUCUGGUGCCUGAUGAGUCCCGCACAUAUGGCAGAGAUGGUGAUAAAGAAGAAACAAUUCGUCUUUUACUCGAUGAAGAUCUGAGCAGGGACCCACUAUCUGUGAUUUCUAUAGUGGGUAUGGGUGGGUCGGGGAAAACCACUCUUGCUCACUGGUGUACAAUAAUGAGAGGAUGAAGGAUGGCAAAUUAUUUCAACUCAAAGCUUGGGUGUGUAUUUCAGAAGAAUUUGAUGUUAUUAGAAUUACGAAAACAAUACUUUCUGCACUUGAUUGUUCAAUAACAGGAUAUGAAGAUAAAAUCAGCUUCAGCUGAAACUGAAAACAGAAAUUGACAGGGAAGAAAUUUUUUCUAGUUCUUGAUGAUGUCUGGAAUGAGCACCACCCCAGUUGGGAAUCAUUACAAGUUCCUUUGUGUUUUGGGGCUUCUGGAAGUAAGAUCCUUGUUACAACACGUAGUGAAAAUGUAGCAUCAGUCAUGGCCUCUAUUAGAGUGCAUCACAUAACUUUGUUAAAUGAAGAAGAUGGGUGGAAGUUAUUUGCAGAAUAUGCGUUCAAAAACAAGGAUGCUAGCUCGUGUUCAAAUCGACAGUCAAUUGGCAAAAAAAUUGUUGAGAAGUGCAAAGGGUUGCCUCUAGCCAUAAAAUCAUUGGGUGGCCUCUUGCAUAAAAAGUUUUCAGAGGAAUAUUGGAAGGAAAUUCUUGAUAGUGAGAUAUGGCAGCAACGGGAUAGCAAGAGUGAUAUAAUGCCAGCUCUACGACUAAGCUAUCAUUAUCUUCCUUCUAAUUUGAAGAGGUGCUUUGCAUUUUGUUCUAUAUUUCCUAAAGACUUUGAAAUUGACAAGGAGUCUCUAAUCCAAAUGUGGAUGGCAGAGGAUUUGAUACGUUGCAACCAAGGAAAUAAAAGUGUGGAGGAAUUGGGGAAUGGAAUUUUGGAGGAACUAGAAUCAAGGUCAUUUGUUGAGAAAUCAAGAAGAAAUGAUGACAAAUUAAUCAUGCAUGAUCUUGUAAAUGAUUUAGCGAUGUCAGUCUGCGAAGGAUUUUGUUUGAGGAUGGAGGGUAAUAAGGUGCCAAAUAAUAUUGAUGAAAAGAUACGCUACUGUUCACACUCAAGUUUCGUCGAUGAAAUAUCAUUGGAAACUAUUUAUGAGAGCAAGCAGUUACGUUGUUUUGCUCAACUAAAAGAAGGGUACCGUGAUCCUGGUGAUGAGAUUGAGGCUGAAAUGCUUUUAAGAUUCAAGCACUUGCGAAUUUUGGGCUUGAAGAAUGUUGCAACUAUCACUAAAUUAAGUGAUGGUAUAAGCAAUUUAAAGCACCUUCGUUAUCUAGACUUCUUUCAUUGUGGGAUUGAAAAGUUACCAGAUUCAAUCUGCACCAUGUGUAAUUUGCAAACUUUGAAAUUGAACGAGUGCGAUCAGCUUGUUCGGUUACCUCAGGAUUUGUACAAAUUAAUCAAUUUGUAUUAUCUAGACCUUUCUUCUACUGGGAUCAGCAAGCUACCUGAUUCAAUUUGUAAGGUGCACAGUUUGCAAACGUUGAAAUUGCGAGGGUGCGAGUCUUUGGCUGAAUUGCCACCAGAUUUGCAGAGUCUCAUCAACCUUCGACAUCUUGAUUUGGUUGGGACUUGUAUAAGGGAGAUGCCAAUGAACAUGGGAAGGAUGAGACGUCUUCAAGUAUUGACAAGCUUCGUUGUGGGAAAGCAAGGCGGGUCCAAUAUUAGGGAGUUAGGAAAACUCAAUUGUCUUCAAGGCAGUCUUAAGAUUUUAAUGUUGGAUAACAUCAGUGAUCCAAAGGAUGCUGGGGGGGCCAACAUGAAGGAGAAGAAAUACCUGAAUGAAUUGACUUGGGAUGGAGUGGAAACAAUGAGGAUUCACAAAAUGAAAGGUCCGUUUUGGAGGCUCUUCAACCUCAUACAAACAUGAAACGUCUUGUUAUUGAAAACUAUGGUGGCACAAGGUUUGCGGACUGGAUGAAUGCUCCUUAUCUACCUAAUUUAGUAUCUCUUGUGUGAGCGAUUGUAAAUAUUGCUUUUGUUUACCACCAUUUGGGCGGCUGCCCUCUCUAAAUGUGCUUCGGAUUUGUAGAUUACAAGGAAUAAAGAAGAUUGGGUCAGAGUUUUACGGGGAGAAUUUGCCAAUUGCUCCGUUUCCAUCCCUUAAAUAUUUGAUAAUUGAAGAUAUGGGGGAAUUGGAAGAAUGGAAGCAUUUUGAAGGUGAAUGUUUUCCUCGCCUUAAAACCAUGUUUAUAGAAAGCUGUCCGAAAUUAAGGAAAUCCCUUCCUCUAUGCCUUCCAUGUUUGGAAUGGCUAUUAAUUACAGGAUGUGAAGGCUUGGAACUUGAAUCAUUCCCUAUGAAAGAUUCCUCUUAUCCGAAACUUGAAAAUAUCACCCUUGCUGGCAUGACCCAUCUGAAGUCACUUCAUGAAGACAUGCAUGCACAGGUCCCCUGUCUUCGUUCUUUAGAGCUGGUUCGAUGUCCACAGCUGCAAUUGGUUCCUCAAAGAGGUUUUCCUUCAAGCCUUUUCAAUAUUAGAAUAACAAGUUGUCCGAAACUCAUAGCUUGUCGUAUGAGCUGGGGCUUGCAAGGGCUUCAUUCUCUAGAACAGUUUCAAGUGGGUGAUCAUGAUUUUGAAAAUGCCGAGUCUUUCUUAGAAGAGCAACAUUUGCCGCCCAAUCUUGUAGUUCUUCAUCUUGUGGGAUGUUCAAAUUUGACAAAAAUAAACAACAAUGGCCUUCUCUCCCUCACAUCUCUUCGGUGGUUAUGCAUUGAGGGUUGCCCAAAUCUCGAGUGCUUGCCAGAGGAAGGUUUACCCAACUCCCUUUCUGGAAUAUAUAUUUCAGGAAAUAGUCCAUUACUAAAGCGGCGGUACCAAAAAGUGGAUGGACCAGGCUGGCAUAAAAUUUCUCACAUUACAGACGUGCGUAUAGAUUAGAUGGAACUGCAUUCCCUUACAGUUCAUUCAUUCACCCGGGAGUCAUGAUGCAUAUAUAGAGUUUCGUCACUAAUAUUCUUUCUUAAUUAAAGAAAAUGCUAAGCCAAAUACCAUGGAUUUGGACUAUCCUAAGUUUCAAUGCAUGUAAAGCAAAUUUGUGAAGAUCCCAGUCCUCACAUGAAAUCUUGUCCACAAAACCACAUACUCGAAGCUUCCUCUAUCUAACCUCAUCUUCCCAUGUGUGGUAGCGGUCUCCAUCUUCCUUGGCAUUGUUCUAUGAGGGAGUUUUCAAAAAUGCAGAUGAACAAUGGGGCUGUAUUCUAUAGUUAUGAUGUUGCUCUUAAUUUUCUACUGAGAGGAAGAAAGGAGGACCCAGCAUUUUCCAUUCAUUGUACUCUUGCUUAUCGUGGUUCUGUAAGAAUCACCUUCCUUGAAACUGAAGUUCUGGUCUGUUUGGUUUCUUUUUCUAGGGGUUUGAAUUCCUGGAUAAAGUUACUUAUUAUUUUGAUGAAUUUGAUAUUAAAAUGUCAAAAACCUAUAUCAAUUGUUAGAUAAUAGGAAACUUUGAAUCUAACCACAUGAAAAUGACAAAAUAUAUGAUAGGAGACAGAGCUGUAUGAAUUUGGUUUAAGAUAUGGAAUCUUGUUUAUUUGGAAAGAAGCUUGCUAAAUGAGGAUCAGAACUUCUCUGACACUACCCUGCUGAAAACAAUUGUGAAGAUAUUGAAAUUCAGUUUUAGGCAUGCUUGAGAAUUGAAUCAUAAUUGAUCGCCUCAGAAAAGCGUUCUAUAUGCGUUUAUGCUUCUUUAUAGAUUCUUCUUUUAUCUCAUGGUUACUUUCUUCAAAUUAUUUAUAAUUGACACUAAGCACCUGAGGCUUACUUUGUCCUACAUCUACUUCUCCUUUUGUAUCUUGUAUUCAAUUUUGAAGUUUUUAUUUGUAAUUGGAUUUGAAUCUGAAAUAAAUUUGCCAAUCUUGUCUGUGAAAGUUGCAACAAGUGAACAACUGGUGAAAGCUAAUGGCACACAGUAUUGAAAUUUAUGGAUUAGCUGCAAACUAUCAAUGGUACCUAUUGUCCUUUAUUUCCCUCUGUUGCUUUGUUUCUUUAAGAUUGAUAUUUGUCCUAUAACAUUUCAAAGAAAAGGAUAACCAUUAACCUAUGUAUACCAAUGAAGUUAUUCAAAUUAGUAUUUUAUGAAACUAAUUGAUUCCGUUGUUCAAUUUGACUCUUUCUUGUUAAGACUUGAGAGUUUUAUGACCUUUAAAUAUACCUCAAGAAAUCUAGUGAAGCCAAGAAAUAUAUUCCAUGUGUAAAAAUGCUGAGCUGAAGACCAUGUCUUCGGACUAUCCUGAGUUUCACUGUAUAUAUGUAAAGCAAAUCUAUGAUGAUCCCAUCCUCACGAGAUCUUGUCCACAGAACCACAUGCCUGAAGCUUCCACUAUGCUAGUGGUGGUCUUCAUCCUCGGCAGUUGAUGGUAUUCUAGGAGAAAGUAUCAAAAAGUGUAGAUGAACAAUGGUGCUCUUAAUUUUUUAUGGAUAGUUCAAUUUGGUUCUUGUUUGGCUCAUCAACAUGCGAGGAAGUAAGGAGGACCCAUCAUUUUCCAUUAAAGGGGUGUGGAUGUUCUUAUUUUGCUUUGGCUCAUUUUUGUUUUGUAAGAGUCAUCCUUUCUUGAAAAUAAAGCUUUUCUAUGUUUUGGUUUCUUUUUCCAGAGGUUUGAAUUCCUUGAUGAAGUUAUUUGGUUUUCUAAGAAUUUGACAGUGAACUUUUCUGUGGCUUUCGGUACUUUCUUCUGUUGGAAAGGAUAGGAGUGUGUUUCUGGGCAGAUUAACUGUAAUUUUUGUUGAUUUUCUUAUAUUCCCUUGCAUUGGCUGUCGAAAAUGUGUGAAUUGAUAAAUUAAUUGGCUUGAAGUUUUUCUGGUUGCAGGUACAACUAGACUAUGGUUGGUCUUAUUGAAGUGACUAACACACAGCAUUAAUUCUAUGUGAGAUCAGUUUAUGUGUUAUGGAUCAAAUGAAUGAUUAAUUGCCUGAAAAAUUUCUCCUCUUUUAGCCUUGGUUGGAUUUGAAUCUGGAACAAAACUACGUGCCAAGCUUGUCAAUCAACGUAGCAACAAAUGAAACAGCUGCCAAAAACUAAUGGCAUGAGGGAAAAUUCAAAUGGUUGAAUUAGUCUCCCAUGAUCAAAGGUACCCCACAGUCCUUUUAAGAGGUUUGGGCAUAUACAAGGAAGACCAAGGGAGGCACCGGUGAGAAGAGUGGAACAUAUAACUUUGAGUCCGAUUAAGAGAGGUAGAGGAAGGUCUAAGAGAACACUUUUGAAAGUUAUUGAACGCGAUUUGUUAAUUAAUAAUAUUCCUAAAAGCUUGAUAAAUGAUAGAGCACAAUGGCGUCUUGCAAUCCAUGUAGCCAACCCCAUCUAGUGGGAUAAAGGCUUGUUGUUGUUGUUGUUGAUCAAAGAAAUGCUAAGGCAAAGGCCAUGUCUUUGGACCAUCAUGAGUUUCAAUAUAUGUGAAGCAAAUUUGUGAUGAUCCCAUCCUCACAACAAGUCUUGUCCACAGAACCACAUGCUUGAAGCUUCCGCCAUCUCCAACCUCAACAUCCCAUGUGCUGCUAUUCCUAGUUCUAGUCUUCAUGUUCCACAGCAUUUGAUCGUAUUCUUGUGAAAGUUGUCAAAAGUGCAGAUGAAUAAUAGGGUUGGAUAGGGUGGGAAUAUGGUUCUGGACAUAUUAAUUGGAAUCUUUGCUGGUUGCAGGCAAGCGAGAGAUACUGUCAAAGCUAUUAAAACAACAACAAAAAUGAUGGGAAUUGUGGCAGAUCCCAAUGGCUAACUUCAUUUAGUCAAGGUUCUAUAGUGUCAUGUUGAAUGACCUGUUCCUUAUCUGAUGAGCAAUGGAAGAGAUCAUAUUCAUAGUUAAGGAAGAAUCAUGUUCCAUGCUGUGAGUGUCAGCAAAUUUAGUAGUUGGUCCUUUGUUGUUGGGCCUGUAAAUUGUUUUGUUUCUGUUCAAUGUACACUAGUUGGGCGAGAGAGACCUAUUCAAAGGGUAUUUCAGAUAAUGAGCUGAUAUGUUACUGUGUAAAUUGGUCAUUUUGAGAUUACAACUCUCCAUGUGGUAACCGAAUUCAUGUGUUCCUUCAAAUGCCUUUUGUUUGUC